CGAAAGUAGAAAAGCACAGGGGCCUACCUUCAUUGAAGACUUAAUCUGAUCGGCGCAUUUAUACACCAGCCAACAUGCAGGUCCUAAAGUGACUGAAGCAAAGACCAAGUUGAAUUUUUUUAAAGAAACUGAAGAUGUCAAGGAGAAUGAGAAUUUCGCAACCAGAACUAUCAGAUGAUGACGGAUCAUCAUAUGAUCCUGGCUACCAUAAUCCUUCAUCUUCAAAAUCAAAAACUUGGACAGAAGUAUCUACCCAAACACCAAUCACGUCUUUCGGAUUUUGGAACGAUAAGAUUUGGAUCGUUUUAGGGGUUUUCCUGCUUUUCCAAGUAUUGAUGGGAAUGAUGGUUGUAUAUUUUAAAAUUUCAUUGGAAAACAACAUCACCAAUUUGAAAUCCUGCCAAAAAAAAGUUGCAAAUUCAGAUGAAUCUUUAACCUGUUCAGACUGUAUGUGCAUUGCUACGGAUGGAUUUUCUUCAAAAGAGCUUUUGAAUGUCAUAGAGAAUCAAAAGAACGAAGAAAAAAAGUAUGUGGAGUUAAAAGAUCAGUUGUCAACAUAUGAAAAAAAAGUUACGGAUUUAGAAAAUUAUGAACAUCCUAACAAUGAUGUUUAUAUUACCGAGCUGCUGAAAAAAAAUUGGGAUGAGAAAAAGGAUAUUUUAACUGAAGAGUUUCAGAAGAAUGAGAUGUCUUUUAGAAAUUCAUUAUUAACUGAAGUGAAAGAAGAGAUCCGGAACAAAUCUCAAAAUAUUCAGUCUCAAUUAGAUCAACAUAGUGGAGAAAUCACCAAUAUUAAAGGGAAAAUUGAGCAAAGAGAUGUAUCGGAAACAAAGCUUAGAUAUGAAGUGGAAUCAGUCAAAACAGAGAGCAAUACUCUGAUGAAUAAAUACCAAAGUUUGGAAGGAAAACAAUCAAAGACAGAAAAGAAAAUGGAAUCUGUUGAAAAAGAACUUCAAGGAAUAGGUGGACAUUUAGAUCAUGUCUCCAGUGAAAUCUCUGAAAUUAUUUUGUACAUUAUCGUGUUUCUCCUUGUGGUUGUGAUUGCCAUCAUCUUAGCUGCUCCAAAAUUCAUGCCUUAUAGACAACCUCAGCCUGCUGACAGGACUGUCUCUCCGGGAGAGUCACAUCCAAAACAGAGAGUAGGAGGACAGGAAAUGUCUCAGGCUGCUAUUUAUGCAACUCUUUCGAGCAAAAAAUGUAAAAGGGGAAUCAGCGUCAUCAGCUUUCAUUCUGCAACUCAGAAAUUCCAUCAGAAUCUAUUGAAAAUGGUUUCACGGCCUCAAGCUUUGCCAAUGCAGUCAUAUCUGAUUGAAAAUCAAGUGAAUCUAUCAGAAGUAAUUCCUCACUUGGUAACCAUCAUUUUUGUGGACUUCAACGAAAGAAACAUUAUUCUGGAAAACCCAGAAAUUGAGGUUGGGGACCACAGGAGAUUUACCACUGAAAUCUUUCUAGAAAUUGGAUGUGAUGUGUUUGUAAUCUACUGCAAAGAUAGAGGCUCCCAGACAUUGCCCCCAAAUCAACUUUACAACACCAAGCUGCAUUCUAUCAAUCAACAUGCAACUCUAGUAAAACUAAAGAAGAAAAACAGAGUGUAUUCUGUUUAUGAAUCUUUACAUCCCCAACAAGUGGAGCUUUUGGAGGACCGUAUUAAACAACUGUGAUUUUGAUAUAUGUGUUUUUUAUUUUUGAAUCAUGUUCAUUGAAGUGAUUUUGAUAUUUGUGAUGCGAUUGUUUAUUCAUUUAUAAUUUUGUUGGUUAUGUGAUAGAAACUAUUUUAGCUGUAGUAUAUACUUCAUCAUUAUGAUUGUUGUUAACAAGUAAAAAUAUAAUUCAAAUUUAUGUCAGAUUUACCAUGUACAUUGUACAUAGAGAUUACUGGUAUUAUUACACAAUUUAUGAGAAUUACUAUUAUUUAUCGGGGUUUUUUCGAGUAAAAGAGCAUAAUUUCCUAAAAAAUAACUUUGUUUUGAACUAGACAUUUAAUAAGUUAAAAUUAAUAGCAUUUUGUUUAAAUUUGAUAAAUUUUUGUUAAUAAACAUUAAAUGCGUUUUGUUGCAAUGAAUAUACAGCUUAGUAUAUAAAGCAAAUCAUCUCCUAUUUUGUGUCAAUUUCAAUGAGCACAGAUCCUGAUCAUGUCUCGGAAUAUUUAUCCAACGCCCACUUUCAGUUGGUAGAUGGUGACUAUAAUGUUCGAAAUUUACAAAGAAUAAUUGCAUCAUUUUUUAAAAAUGUAUUAAAAUUAUUCUCAAAUUUUAAUUUUUUCUUGUGAAUUCUAUGGUUUGAUUAAUCCAAAUUUUAGAUAGACCACAAUAAUUCAAAAUAUUUUCGAUAAUUUCAAACCAAUUAAGUUCUCUACCCCUACCCUCAUCACUAGAUUCGUACAAAUGUCUUAACUAUAAGGCAACUUGGUUAAUUUCUUUGUGCGUGAAAAGAAAAGCGUCCUACAAGUUGAACAUGCGCAAAAGUCCUCCUAAAAGUUUAAUUUUCAUUUUCUCCGGUGAGUAAUCUCGACCAAUAAGAAAUCAAGCGUGUUUGUAUUUGAAUUUCAAGUGGGUAUCAAGUGUAUCAUAUAUCAUGAAAUCUGGAUUUGAUUUUUAUAAAUGGAGUAAAGGUUUAUAAAAUUUGAGAUGGAUCCUUUCUAAAAUUACAAUAUAUAAAAAAACCUCAUCCAUAUAACAGUUUGAGUUGGACAAUAUUGUUAAAUAAAUCUAGUUGAUAUGGUAUUAGUAGGUUAUGGAAUCUCCAUCCUUUCAACACUUCAUAGAUUGCCUUUGUAGCUUUUUUCGGCUUUAUUUUCUUUACUGCAAUUUUAAAAGAUCAUGUUAUGCUAAAUACGAUUCCCAAAUAGUUAAAAUCGGUAACAGUUUUAUAAAGCUCAUCAUAAUAUUUUA